AUGAAUCCGACAGCAACUACUAAUAGCAAUUUAACUCAAAAAUACAAUCUCUACGGUUGGGGGCCAUUUCGAUGUGGCGGAAUUCUUAGUCGACCUAUAUUUGCCUAUGUUAUGUUAUGCAUUUGUACAUUUGUUCAGAAUUUUACCGUUAAUGGAGCGAAUAAUGCUGUAAUUUCAACACUCGAACGUGCUUUCUAUUUGGAUAGUGUCCAAUCCGGCUUCUUUCUCGCUCUGUACGAUUUAGCUACUGUUGUCUCGUCGCCAGUCGUUGGCUAUUUAGGUGGUCUAUAUUCGUCACCGAUAUUUUUCUCGUUAAAUAUGAUUAUUGUUGCAAUUGGAAAUAUUAUGGUCGCCUCAAGUAAUUUCGUCAAUCAAGGUAUGAAAAUAAACCUCAAUUCUCAACAGGUACAGAAUUCUUUCACCACCGACAAUGUUCUCUUUCAAUGUUAUAAAAAUCCUUAUAAUAAUCAAUCCGUUACUGACACUACAUGUUUAAAAGUCGAACAGUUAUCGAAAUCGGUUACGAAUGCCAAGGCACUCUUAUACAUAGGAAAUUGUGUUACCGGUAUUGGAAGCGUAGCUUUAUUGACAAUCGGUAUUGCAUAUAUUGAAAGAAUAUUUCCACGUGAAAAGGCUGCAUAUUGCCAAGCGAUUUAUUUUGCUGUUGGAACAGUCGGUGGCGCACUUGGGAUUGUAGUGACAGGAAGAUUUUUAUUGUUAUAUACAAAUUUAACACCCAAACAAUAUCUUCCGGCAUGGUUGAAACCUACGCAUCCACUGUGGAUCGGAUGUUGGUGGUUACCUUAUCUAAUUUAUGGAUCAUUAUGCUUUCUCAUCGGUAUUUUUGUGUCUGGUUUACCAAAUUUUGAGGUUCCAGGUCAAAAAUAUUUGAUUCAAGAAACAAUAUCACCAUCUCAGCCAAAAAGUCAUGCUUCUACUAAUCGAGAAGAUAGUUCAGUCGAAAUAACAACUACGACAACAAUAGCUAUAACACCAAAUACACCAGGUAGAAAUACCGAUGGUAUAGUCAAUCAUGCUUACUCGUCGGACACCUUGUAUAAUCAAGUAACACCAUCUCCUUCAACUACAGCAUCCAAUUCACCUGUUCAACGCAGAGGACGAUGGAAAGAUAUGUGUGCAAUUAUCUGCGAAUUGCUUCAAAAUGUACGAUUUAUUUUUAUUGUCAUUGCCAAUUUAUUCGAAGGAAUUUUAUUGAAAGGAUUUGUUCCUUUUAUCACCAAAUAUUUCGAGUAUCAACAUCAGUUAGAUUCAUCAACUGCAACAUUAAUCACUGGCGCGAUUGCCCUACUUUCCGUUGUUAUCGGUUGUCCCAUUGGUGCGUUUUGUAUGAAUAGAUAUUCCUGGACGCCCAAACGAUGUGCCUCUGUGUGUAUGGUUAUUUUAACUCUUUCAUCGUUUCUUUUUCUGCUUCUUACUCUCUCAUGUCCGGAAUUAAAAUUCCAGUACACCGAUUGCUCAAAUGAAAAUUCACCUUGUUGUCAUAAUAUCUAUCGUCCAGUAUGUGAUAUUGAAAAUCGGCAGAAAAUGUAUUUGUCUCCAUGUCACUUCGGCUGUACGAAUCAAACGUUAAGCAGCGUUGACAGUACGACCCUGUAUUCUUCAUGCAAUUGUGCCGAUAAUACAGUUCUGAGUGAAGCGGCAUGUCGGUUUCGGCGAAUACCUUGUACAGCCAUCUUCGUUUUAGCCAUACUUGGUGCUACAUGUGUGGUUUUCUUCACUGCAUUUAUUCAAGUUCCACUAUUACAAGUUCUUUUUCACACUGUUCCAUUGCCGUAUCAAAAUAUGGCACUUGCAUUACGUCAAACAACUGUGCGAGUAUUAGGGCAGACGACCGGCCCGCUAAUCUUCGGCUUCGCUUUUGAUCGAUCCUGUUUAGUAUGGUUAACGGAUUGUUACGGUCGACGAACAUGUAAAGUAUACAAUAAUCGUCGAAUGGGUUUAUCGAUGGCAUUAUCGGGAUUUCUGACUCGAUUCAUAUCUGGCACUUCUUGCGGCGUUGUUUAUUUCAUUUGGAAAUUUAAAUAUUCUGAAGAUAUUCCGCCUAAUGCCUUGACUACUCCUACCACCGAUGUGCCAGCACAUACAAAUGAAAAUAAUGAGUUAACCCGCUUGUAA